AUGGCUGCUAAUCUGCUGAACCAGCAGAUCUCUGGCUCAAUGCGACGCAAAGCCUUCAAUCUAAACAGUACACUGACGCCAGACAUGGUCGCGGACCUUAAGACUGACACCGGCGCAAGCACGCCAAAUUCGGAUUCUGCUCAAACUGCUCAGCUUUUGGCAUCGCCUCAAGAGCCUGUCAUCCGAUCAGAUGCGUCGACUUCCAAGCGCAAACUGCGUCAGACGGACGCAGCGAAGCCUGCUGGUCAAGACUCGCCAGCAGCCGAGCGCAAGAGAGUGAGAGCGUACAAAGCAACGACGAAUGGAAAGCAGAAAGCUCAUGAUCCGCCUGCCACACGACUCAGAGAUCUCGGCGGAGUCACGACAGCGAUAGAACAGAUACUCGAGCUUGUUGCCAUGCCGCUGUGUCAUCCAGAGAUUUACUUACAUACUGGCGUCAGGCCGCCCACAGGUGUCCUGCUCUGUGGACCACCUGGGUGCGGCAAGACAAUGCUGGCAGGUGCCAUCGCAGGGGAGCUAGGCGUACCUUUCCUCAAUAUCUCUGCGCCGUCGGUCGUGUCCGGCAUGUCCGGCGAAUCGGAGCGCGCGAUCAGAGAUACGUUCGAAGAAGCUGCCAGUCUCGCGCCCUGCAUACUCUUCAUAGACGAGAUUGACGCCAUCACACCAAAGAGAGAGAAUGCAGCGCGAGAGAUGGAACGGCGCAUCGUUGCUCAGCUACUGACUUGCAUGGAUGACCUAUCCUGGGAAAAGACGGACAACAAGCCCGUUCUCAUCAUAGGCGCUACAAACAGACCUGAUAGCCUCGAUACUGCUUUGCGUAGAGCAGGACGAUUCGACCAUGAGAUCGUCAUGGGCGUGCCAGAUGAGAAUGCGCGAAAGCAGAUCCUGCGCGUCGUCUCUUCCAAGCUCAGACUGGCUGGCGACUUUGACUUUCGCGCGCUGGCCAAGUCUACGCCGGGCUAUGUCGGAGCAGAUCUCGAAGCUCUGGCAGGCGCUGCUGGUAUUAUCGCAGUCAAGCGCAUAUUCGAGGAUCUUAAGGCUACGAGUGGACAUGUCAAUGGCGACAGCAUGCUCGUAGACGCACAGACCUCCUCUGGUGAUGCUACGGAGAUCAUCACUGGGCCAUUCACGUCCAUGCCGCCGUCUCUGCAGCUUCUCGCCAUUUCUGCCUUUCUGCAAGCGCAUCCAGAGCCGCUCACUGACAGUCAGCUUGAGCCACUUCAUAUCUCCCAUGCGGACUUUCAGCAGGCGCUGCUACAAGUCCAGCCAUCGUCAAAGCGUGAAGGAUUCACGACUGUCCCGGAUGUUUCCUGGUCUGAUGUCGGCGCGCUCAGCGAGAUACGUGAGGAGCUCAAGAUGGCAAUUGUUCAACCCAUCAAGCGGCCGGAGCUCUUUGCCUCCUUAGGUAUCGCCACGCCUUGCGGUGUCCUUCUGUGGGGUCCUCCCGGGUGCGGCAAGACUCUGCUGGCCAAAGCUGUUGCCAACGAGUCCGCUGCAAACUUUAUUUCCGUCAGAGGACCAGAGCUGCUCAACAAGUAUGUAGGCGAGAGCGAGCGAGCGGUUAGGCAAGUUUUUGCAAGAGCGCGCGCGUCUUCGCCUUGCGUCGUUUUUUUUGAUGAGCUCGAUGCGUUAGUGCCUCGACGGGAUGACAAUCUGUCUGAAUCAUCUGCGCGGGUGGUCAAUACCCUCCUCACCGAACUAGACGGCCUCGAGCCACGAAAGCAAGUCUUUGUCGUUGGCGCGACCAAUCGUCCAGACAUGAUCGAUCCCGCCAUGGUCAGACCCGGCCGGCUGGACAAAUUGCUCUAUGUUGAUCUGCCUACGCCUGCCGAACGCGAGGACAUCAUCCGAGCUCAGUCGACCAAGACGCCCUUUGCCAGUGACGUUGAUCUUGCAGCCGUCGCUGUCGAUGCGCGCUGCGACGGCUUCUCGGGCGCGGACCUCAGCGCACUCGUUCGGGAGGCAUGCAGUCUUGCACUACGCGAGGUUCUCAAGCUGCCGCUCGCUUCUCAGACGGACCUACAAGUCCUUGUACGGGCAGCUCAUCUUGACGAGGCGCUCGACAAGGUCUCGCCGAGCGUGUCAGUCGCUCAGCGCAAACGCUACGCCCAGCUACGGACAAUGGCGGCUGCAAAGCUGUACGCAUCAGCGACAAAGGCGCUGUCAGGCGAGAAACCUUUCUCUGCGGUGAGCGACUGGAUAGAGCGGCUCUGCAGCGAGAGAUACGAGAUAGAGGAGUACGAUGGCAUACCCGAGCUCGUGGAGUCGAUCAAUCUGCAGUCGACUGGUCCUACGGAGGCAUCCAGAGCGAUACGCAAGAAGCUCAAGUAUGGCAAUGUCCACCGUCAGCUGAGAUCCCUGACCAUCCUCAAGGCCCUCGUAGAAAACUGCGGCACCCGCUUUCAGACAACAUUUGCCAAUGAGAGGCUUGUUGACCGUCUAAAGGUCAUGGUCGGCGAUCCCAUGACGGACGACACCGUCAAGCGCAAGCUCAUGUCCGUCCUCGCGUCUUGGCAUCGAUCAUUCAAGGGCGAUCCUUCCAUGCAUCUCGUCGCCGGCCUAUGGGAAGCUUGCGGUGGAAACCAAGCCGCGAAACGCAAUGCGGCCUCGAAAGCCUAUGCGGAGCAACAGGCGCGCGCUGAGGAAGAAGCCCGGCUCCGGCAACAGCUGAAAGCGAGCGAGAGGAGCGACAAAGAGCAAGCGAAGCUGAGGGCAAAGGAACAGAAGGACAGGCUCAAGCUGAGGAACACAAAGGGCAAACGCAUCAUGUUCGACUUUGAAAAGGCACGUCCAGGAGAAGCCAAAUAUCAUGCAGGCAGUCGCCCAGGCAUCACAAGCAAGCAACAAGCAAGUCACGGCCCUUGUGUGGAAUGUAGCGCUUAUCUGAAAAGCAGUCUCGUCAACGCUUUGCAACACGUCAAUAGAGAACGCGAGACACUCAGCGCCAAUGCCAAAGUACAGACGUAUCUGGAAAAGGCAAAGACAAGUCGAAAGGCGAUCGUACGAUAUACUCAACUGAUCGAAACCGAUGUCGAAGGAGAGUACGUGGGCAUGCUGCUCAAGACGAACGAGCAGAUCAUCGCUGCACUUCAGCUGUACGAUCGGAUGAACAAGCCAGUCGAUCUCGAUUCAGACGAUGAAGACGUCCAAGAUGCAGCGAAUCGGAUAAGAAGUGCUGGCCCAAAUAUUGCCGCCACGCGACCCGAUCUCUUGAGGUCCUUCUCAGCUUUGACGGUUGACACGGAAGUCGACAAGAUUCAGGAACGUCAACGCUUCGAGAUCGAGCGCGCAAACCGACUGAGACGAGCUCAUCCUGACCUCGAGGAUCUCGUAUUCGACGAUGGUGACGCAGCUGGCUUACAAGACCCCAUGCGACCCAGCAAGACGGGCCCCGAAUCGAGCUACGGCCAAGGUUCGCUCUCGGAUUACUCGGACUACGACUCGUCAGAAGGCAGCGUUCACUCUCAAGAUGACGCGCCGCAAGCAAGCUCAAGUCAUCGGGCGUACGAAGCAUACGAAGGACAGCGUGGGAACAGCCUACUCGAAGAUCACGACGACCAAGACCAAGUACAGGAAGAUGACGACGACGAAGACGACCCGUUCGCGGACCCUACAGACUCACACAAGCGACUCGACUUUGCGAGUGUAUGA